AUGGCGAGUCAGAAGCGCAUUUCAAAGGAAUUGAACGAGCUCCUAGACUCGCCUCCAGACGGCGUCGCAGUCGCCCUGGCAGAUGAUUCGAACCUAUACAAAUGGACCGUUCAGAUGCAAGGCCCCGAGGGCUCACCGUACGAAGACGGGACAUUCCAAAUAAAUCUCACUCUACCGACAGACUACCCCUUCAAGCCACCGACAGUAUCCUUCGCUACAAAAAUCUACCAUCCAAACGUUUCUAAUGAUGAUAAAGGAACCAUGUGUCUCGGCAUGCUGAAGUCUGACGAGUGGAAGCCGUCGUCGAAGUUAUAUGCUGUGCUGGAGUUUGCCAGACAGUUGCUUGCAGAGCCGAUGCCGGAUGAUGCGGUAGAAGGGAGGAUUGCAGAACAAUACAGUAACGAUCGGAAACAGUACGAGAAGAUUGCGAGGGACUGGACGAGGAAGUGGGCUACAGGGAACGGAGAAGGGAAAUAA